GUAGGCUACUGUCCCCAUUUUCUCUUCGUCAUGGCGUCUAAGUUCCCAACAAAGAAGGGUGGAGAGGUAGAGCUUCGUACAAGGAAAGGUCAUGACAUGACCUGGUCAUGUGACAAGCAUGGUGAGCCAAUCAAAUUUUACUGUAAGAAACACAAAAUUCCCAUAUGUCAUCCAUGCGCUACCAAAAAUCACAGCCAGAAACCAUGUGAGCUAGACGACAUCGAGGAUGUUAUCUUCGAAAGGAGAAGACAGCUAGAUGAAAAACGGCCAAAAAUACAGGAACUUCAGAAACAAAUGGAAGCCCUCAAAGCGAAAAUAAAGACUACAUCAACGUCUGGAAGUACUCAUCUUCGGAAAAUUGACAACAACAUUCAAGCUUCAUAUUACGACAAGAUCGAAUCUGUUGGAGAAAAGGAGAACAGGAUGAUUAGGGUUAUUAACGAGGAGGCAGAUGAGGAAAUAAGACUAGUAAAUGAGAAGAGAGAAAAACGGAUCAAAGACUGCAACACCGAGAGAGAAAAGGAGCGACAAAUCAUCAGAGACCAAAAAGCAAAACUUUUAUCAGAUGCAAAAAAAAUCAGCGAAGUUGUUUCUAAGAAGAUCAAAGAUCUUGCUAAUAAGAAUCAGCAUGUAAUAAACACUGUAGAGAACAUUGAAUCAACCAUCAAACGUAUAAACCAACAUGAUGAAACAUUGGUGAAUGAAGCUCCUCAAGUACUUGCAUCUAUUGAUGAAAAUUUAAGUUUUAAUGUUCAUCAAGAUGUUAGCGAUUGUCUUGACCGAAUACAGAAUGAAGUUGAGAGAGUGAAAUUUGUAGAGGGGGAAGUAGGUGGAGAAUACUAUGGUAAAAUUGAUGGGUAUAUCGGUAAAUGGGAACUUGUCAAGUCAAUUCACAUUCCAUCGGUUGUUAAUUACCCGUAUGUGCAUGGUUUAGUCAGUGAUGAUGAGAUAUGUGUGCGAGACGUAGGUAACAAUGUCAUGUAUAUUACAAACAUCAACACUCAACACACAGAGAAAGUCAUUGAUGGAGGUGUGUGGAUUACAUCAUGUGCGCCCAUAGACAGUAACGUAAUAGUAUGUGGUAAGGAGAGAGAUGAUCGCACGGGUGACAGGUUGAAUGGAUGCAUCACUCUCUAUGACAGACAAUGGAAGGUGAUUAGAUACAUCAGCAUACCAGGGAAUGGAGACGAUUAUAAUAGUGUGUAUGUUGAUGUUGACAGGGAUGGGAUGAUCAUCGCUGCUCAGUUCUAUCAGUCUAAUAUCUACGUCAUCAAUCCUGCUGAUGAUAAGAUAGUAAACACUAUUACGAUGCAGGGUAAGGUGGUGUGGGGUGAGAUACAAGCCUUGUCAUCAGGUGAUAUCGUUGUGAACACAGGUUAUAAUGAAUACACUGUCAUCUCACGAUCAGGAGAAGAGAAGGCUGUCAUACACUGUGAUGGGUCGGACUGGCCACAGUGUCGCGUUGACAAACUGACAGACACACUCUACAUCGCGUACUGGGAUGGAGCGCGUAAUCCCAUCGCAGUUGAUCAGGUGUCACGUGAUGGUAUCAUCCAGGCAAGGAAGAUCGUGGAAUACGAGCAAUCAGAUCGCACUAACUUAAUGAGCCCUUGUCUCGUUACUCCUACUGGUAACUUUAUAGGGUGUGAUGGAAACAAACUUCUUCUCUACAAGAAGACAUUAAUCUUGUAAAUCAUCUAGACUAUCAAAGGAAUAAUAUCGGAUUUGUAAGAGAAAUAUAGACCAGAGAUUUGUUUUCACUUUUACUUCCAUUUCAAUUUACGUCCUUCUAUCUCUAUAUGUACGUGACUACAUUCAUAUACACAUGGCCAUGGUGUGUAUAAUGUUGUAUCAAUCCAUAUCAAAUAGAAAACUGUCGCUAAUGUCCACUCCGUCUAGAUUUAGGUCUGUAAUGAAUGCACUCAGAUCCAAAUGAAUAGUUUACUCGAAACCUGAACAAAAUAAAUGCAAAAUGUGUUAACGAAUUGCCUACUUGAACCAGAUGGUUAUUGUAGAAAGUCUUUUAGAAUGGCUGAAUUCAGAAUUGAACGUGUUAAUAACUGAACUGAUGUUAUUCUCCUAAUAGUGAUCGGAUUAUUCCUCGAUUAAAAUUGCUCUCAGCUUUUAAGGUAUUUGAUUCGAAUCAAUUAAUCAGGACCCCAUUUCAUAAAAAUGUUGACUAUGAUAGCAACUCAUGCUAAAAUGUCAAUUACCAUGACAACAAUAACGAUUCUGGUUCCUGAUUGGCUGAUCCAAUGAAAUUUGAUAUUCAAACUGGAGUUGUUAUCAUAGCCAGGUUUUAUGAAAUGGUACCCUGGUUGAUUUCAUUGUUUUUUAUUCUGUGGUAAAAAAAAAAAAAAAAAAAAGAACGGAAAGGGGUCAAAACUGCAUGAAAUUUAAGUUUCGUAAUGUACACAAUCCCCCCUCAUGAAGUUAGAUUAAAAUAAGAUAAAAUCUCGUAAAUAAUGGUGUUUAAUAGGGUUCUUGUUUAGUCUACAUUCAUAUGUCAAUAUAAAGGGAAAGGGAUAAUGUUUCCCGUAUAAUUCUUUUUUUGCCAAUUAAAUAUUCUCUAGUCAUGUAUAACAAAAUAGGUGAGAUUUUUUCAAAAAUAUUUAGCACACGGUAUAUUCAUCAGAUUCCUGAAAGCAUUGCAUCAUAUUGCUUAUUUCAAUCAGUGCAUUUUUCUUCGCUUGUACAACUUUUACUUUAUCCUCAUAUCGCUUAAUAUUUUCAACAUAGAUUACUGAUUAAUUGUUUCCCAACACGAAUAAUAUCAUCUUACACAUUGGCUACCUGACUAUCAAAUCUUAAGUAACAAUAAUAUGGAAGUGAAACAUUUUUUUUAAAUAGUUAUUUGUGUCGACGUUCUGUAAUGAUGUAUUCGCACCUACUACGUUCAGUUAUGUUUAUCAACAUCAUGAAAUUAUGUCAAAUUAAUUUCAUUAUAAAGAUCAUAUGUCAAUAAAAAAAACACAUGAUAGGCUAGCGUACCAUGCUGUAAAUAAAUAAAACAGGAAUCUAUUUUUGUUUAACAGACAGAAUUAGAUAAUUUGUCAAAUAUCUGCCCAUAAUGUAGCUUUUGUUCGUGGUUUCAUGUUAAUAUAAUAUUUAACUCGAUUCAAUCCAUUUGUUUAUUUCGUUUCUAUUUUAAAUUGUGUUUAGUGUGUAAACUGGAAGUCUAUUCCAGAGGCAUUAGCUAAAGUGAAUAUUCUUAAGAUGAAAAUGGUUGUAUUCUUCUGAUCAUAAUUGAUUCAAAUUGUGUGGUUAUUCUUAUACAUCUACCCCCCCCCCAUCUCCCUUUUAACCCCUAAAUUACCCCCUUGUACUGUGUAAUACGACACGGAUAUCCAUGUUGCUGCAAUAAGUUGUAUAUAAAUCGUUAUUGUCUAGGGUGUGUUGUUUUAAGUUAGGAGUAUAUCAUUUUUCAAAAGAAAAAAAAUCCAACCGAAUUUAUUCUUACAAUAAUCACCUUUGUACAGGUUAAGUUUAGCUAGGGUUUAUGCUUUAUUUCAACUAUCAAUUCAAUUGCCCGUUAUUGUCUAUAUAGUAUAGGUUAUUGAAAGUUCGUUCCUAAAAAUGGAACGGGAUAUAGUGCUAUAUGUCUACAUUUUCUUCCGGUGAUAUGUCAGAUCUAACGAUUUUUCUUGUUUUUGAUUGGCUGAGAAGCGCUGUUACUAUGGGUAAUGUCAAAUGAAACGCUUGACAAUCCAAACUUCUUUUUUUUUUGCUCAAUAUUUGUUGUUUGAUCUUAUACAGCUAAUUACAAUUUUCUUCAUACAACUAGGAAAACUAAUGUACAUAAUGAACAUUUAUAUUAUGAUAUAACAUGUAUAAUGUGAUGAUGUUAGUAUCUAUUAUUUCAAGUGUAUAUUGCAAGAUGAGUAGAAACUAUACUUUUUGUUUUUAAAAUAAUAUAUUUUCAUUAUAAUUUGUUGUGAAUUACUAACACUAUUAAAUAGAAAAAUAAACCGUUUGUUGAUGUAUAUUACUUAAAUCGAGACGAAAUUAUUCUUACCUACUUGAGAGCUGAAAAUAGUCAAGUGAAAAUAGUUCGGAAAUAUCUUUCUGUAUUAAUGUAUUUAGUAAAUUUCGAGAAAUGUUUGCCAAUGCAAUAUACAGUGCGUCCCACAAAAAACGAAACCGAAAUUUAUCGAUGAUUUAUCAUAACUUAAUCAUAAAUAAAAUAGACAAAUGACCUAUCAUUGUAAAGCUUAGAAUCUUCUCUUUCAUCUGCAAUUACUUACAUUAUUUUUUAUUCACGCAUGAGUGAGUAAAAACAAUUUGAAGAGGGGAUACUAAAAAGUCAUUUGGCGGGCUGUAUCUGGAUCUCAAAAAAGAAAACCGCAUUUUGAAAAAGUUAAAUAUCUGCUCUUUAAUUUGAUACCUCAAUUACAGAAAAUGGUCAAGAAAUAACAAAGUUCUGGUUAUUUGAAAUAAGGUUUGAAUUUCAAUAAUUUCAUAAAAUGAAGAGGUUUUACAGGCUAGCGUUCAAAAUCACUCGACACUCCGUUUUGUUGACUAUCAGCCAUGCAUUAAUUCUUUUGUUAACUAUGCGAUAGCUUCUGUGGGAAACCGGUGAAAACACGUUUAUUUAAUGAAAUUAUGGAAAUACAAGCAUUGUUUCGAGGGAACAUAACUUUUUUACUUCUUGACCAUUUUUUGUGAUUAAGGUAUCAAAUAAAAGAGCAGAUAUUGAACUUUUUAGGCAUGUGAUUCUCGUUUUAAAAUUCAGAUACCCCCCGCCAAAUGAGUUUUUGGUAUCCUUUCUUCAUAUUGUUUUUGCUCACUCAU